AUGGCAUCCCCUGCUCCCCAGCAUUUUCCUGACCGUCCUCAAUUCUCAGACUUCAUGAAACCAUGCCGAUUCGAGGGCGAGGUUCAAAACUUGGAGGUGCAUGGAGAUAUCCCCAAUGACAUCGACGGUACUUUCUACCGUGUCAUGCCUGACCCUCAGUUGCCUCCUUUCAUCGACAAUGAUCCCUGGUUCAAUGGAGAUGGAAAUGUCAGCGCAUUCCGCAUCAAGAACGGUUCUGUGACAUUCCAGCAGAAAUAUGUUCGCACCGAGAAGUUUGUACGCGAGAGAGAAGCCCGCCGCGCGCUCAUCGGAAAAUAUCGGAACAAGUUCACCGAUGCCGUGGAAUUCACCGUUAGAAGUACUGCCAAUACGAAUGUUGUCAGCUUCAACAAUCAACUCUUGGCUCUCAAGGAAGACUCUCCUCCAUAUGCGAUGGAUCCGGAGACUCUGGAAACACAGGGCUUGUAUACCUUUGAUGGCCAGCUUCCAAGCGUGACUUUCACUGCCCAUCCCAAGACGGAUCCAGUGACCGGAGAAUUGAUUUGUUUCGGUUACGAAGCCAAGGGCGACGGCAGCCCCGAUAUUUGCUAUUAUACUAUUGGCCCUGAUGUGACGGAGAACUGGGUUCUUUUCCCUGUGAUUCCCCAGCUAUGUGACCUUGAACGAUUGAAGCAGGGUGGAGAACACUGGCAAUGGAGCCCUGAAACUCCCUUCUAUAUCGGAGUGAUCCCCCGCUACGGAGCUAAGUCUUCAGACGUUAAGUCGCAGUGGUUCACAUACAAGAAUUCAUUCCCGGGUCAUACCGCCAAUGCCUACGAACAAGAUGACGGGAAAAUCGUCUUCGAUCUCGGACUCAGUGACAAGAAUGUCUUCUACUGGUGGCCCGAUGCUCAAGGCAACUCGCCUGAGCCUAGCAAAAUCCACUCUCAAUUGACACGCUUUACUGUGAACCCUCACGCGGAAGAAGGAAAGCUUCCCGAGCCGAAGGUUCUGCACCAUGGAAAUUCGGAAUUCUAUCGCAUUGAUGAUCGGUUUUCUGGAAGAAAAUAUAGCCACAGCUUCUUCGAUCUCAUGGACCCCAGCUUGGGGACGGACUUUGCAGCCAUUGGCCCGGUUAUGGGCGGGGGAUAUCCUCCUUAUAACUCGCUGGCACAUCAUGUUGAAAGUACGGGCAAAACAGAAGUUUACUUCCCGGGACGCACACAUCUUGUCCAGGAACCCGUUUUCAUUCCUCGUGCGGGAUCUAAGGAGGAAGGUGAUGGAUAUUUGAUGGCAUUGGUGAACAACUAUCGCACCUUGUCCAGUGAGCUGCAUCUUCUCGAUUGUCGGGAUUUCACCAAAGCCCGGGCGACUAUCUUGCUUCCUUUGAGACUCAGAGCCGGUCUGCACGGGAACUGGGUUGACAACAACUAG